CAACUUCUUGAACAAAUUCACAUUGCAUUUCUCCGUCAUAAAUUGCACAAAGACGAACUCUUUCCACCGUCGGCUUUUGAAAGCUUGCAAAUUCCAUAGUGGGGUGAGGUCCAUGGAAUCACUCUCAUCAGUAUCUCCGUCCAUGGUGGUUCCUUCGAGUAGCGAUCCCCUUCGUCUUCGACGCCGGCGAAUCGCCGCCUCUUGUCGUCUUAAGCACCAGAGUCGUUUUCCUGGCCUGUCGUCUCUGUUCUCUCCAGACCCACGGAAAUUGAUGCGAGUUUCAUGUAAAAUGGGCGGAGCUGCAGAAGAAAAUGAAGGGAAAGACGACGAUGAUGAAGAAGUUGAAAGGGCGCUCCAAUUUGACGGGACCAUUCCAGGGACAUCUGACGAGUUCGUGAAGCAGGUGUCCUCGCGCGCCUAUGAUAUGCGGAGACAUCUUCAACAGAGUUUCGACUCCAGCAGUUAUGAUGUUUUGGAGGCGAACCCAUGGAGAGAUACUUCUAAGCCUGUUUAUGUGCUAACACAGAAUGAAAACCAGUUGUGUACGAUGAAAACACGUAGAAGUCGCAGUGAAGUUGAAAGGGAGCUUGGCUUGUUGUUCUCUAGUGGAGGAAAAAGGAGGUCUGGAAUUGGGAAUCAAACUAAACAGUCAAAAUCAGGAACUAAGUUCCACAUGCUAGUAGAGGAUAUUAGAGAGGGAGUCCUUGUGUUCGAAGAUGAGAAUGAAGCAGUAAAGUAUUGUGACUUACUACAAGGAGGAGGUCAGGGCUGUGAAGGUGUUGCAGAGAUUGAAGCCUCAUCAGUGUUUGAUCUGUGUCAGAAAAUGAGGGCACUUGCUGUUCUGUUCAGGAGGGGGAGGACUCCUCCACUGCCUCAAAGCCUCCAACAAAACCUCAGGGCUCGUAAGCGAUCCCUUGAAGACCAAGAAGACUUGUUUUGGAAAAUGGGAUUGAUUGAGUUCUUUGCUUCAUUUCCACUAGAUUCUGUUCAUUUCCAAUCACAAGCAGAGCGGGUGAAUUUUAUUAGAUUCCACGCUUUCAGGUCUUCUAUCCUCUAUCCUGAUCAGAGCAGAGUUUCAAAAGAAUUUCAUAUUGACAUACAUUGCUUGGCAAUCUGACUAGAGUUUCUUUAAUUUUUCUGUCAAUUGUAAUUUUGUCUGCAUACCUGGUAAAAUUAUAAUAGGCAUGUGUUCCACAUCAUUUGCUCUUUAUGUUCUUUUCUCAACCAGUUAAAAAUGUGCUUCUCAGACUUGUCAGUGUGUUCCUUGUAUAUACUUGAUUUGAUGACCUUGCAGAAUAUUAUUUUUGAAAUUGCAUUCCAGCUGAUUGUUUUUGUUAGUGAA